AUGUGCCCGACGCGCGUGAGUGAGUAUUGUGGAGUUGAGGAUGUCGUUCUCGUGCAACCACCUCACCUGUACCUGCAAUUUCAGUCCAAUAAGCAUAUGUUUCAUUUAAAACUUAAGAUAGCUAACGUUUACUGAUUUACCAAAAAGCUGGAUUGCUCAAACAAAAUUCCUGAAACUGGUAUUUUAUAGUGUGAGCUAGAACGCUAGUCAUUUUUAAUUCGCUACAUUUUAUUAGUAGACUAACUACUAUUGCUGUGUGUGCUGCUUGUGCAGUUGGAUUUCAUUUAAUGUAAUUAUUAAGCUUGUAACCUAAAGGAGGCCUGACUUUAUAGGCUGCAGACUGGAACUAACUUUUUGAAUGUAAUGUGAUUUACCGUCUCUUUUACACAGUGUCUUUAUGUGAGUGGAGGUGGCAGUAGCCAUUUGCUCUUUAUAAGAUAGCGGAAUCUUAAUUUGACAUAAUGUCCCAUUAUCACUAGAGCUCUUAUGGUCAAAAACCUAAUGACAGUCAGUAGCUCAAUUAAUUUCCAGAAACUUUUUUCUUUUUUUUUUUUCUAUUUUGGCAGUGGCUUACUGAAAUUGUAGGUUUGCUUGCCACUUCUUUGAUUCUGCGUUCUGCGUUUAUUAAAUGUUAUUUAAUAAAUGAAACUAGGAAUUGUCUAAUUGUUGUUGCAAGCACUGAUGGAGUAGGCCAGUUAGGACACGCUGCAAAUGUGAAAUAAUUUGGUAGGCUAAUGUGCUAACAUUGCUUUAAUUUAGGCCUACUGACAGUAGGAUACAUUCAGUUUCAUUGAUGUUUCUUUUUAACGACAGUAAAAGCAGAGAGUGAAUGACCAUUAAGUUUUGUUGUCCUGCUCUGCUGAUAAAUGAUAUAAUUUGGAGUUAUCUUGCUUGCUAGCAUUAUGUUGUUGAUUCGUGUGACACUAACUAUUGUGGGUUAGAGACUGGGAUUUUCAGUUCUAGCUUACUCAUACAGACAUGUUGACAUACACAUAUUCAAGGGCUGAUCACACUUGUUGCAUUUUAUUAAAAAAAAAAAAAAAAGACUUAUAAUUGAUGCCAUAACUUCACGUCACCAAAGGUGCUAAAAGCCCAGAUGCCUGCACCAUGUUGUUUAUUCUCAAAAUUUUGAAUUACGUAGACAGUACAGUGUGUCUUCAUUGUGAACGUAUGGGUUGCCCAAAGUUGCACUGGAUGUUUUUACAUUUAUCCACCACCCUGGACACUUCUGUCUGCUUGAAAAUUAUAUAGGCCUAAAUAAACAGAAUAUAGGAAAUCACAUGAUGUCUGCACCACUUGACUGGAGGAGAUCCUGCAACAUGUCAGAAACAGUGAAGUAUGUCGACGAUGAGCAUAAAACCAUCUUUCUGAAGAUACUUAAUGAGCAGAGACUGGAAGGUGAGCAUUGUGAUAUCGCAGUGGUUGUUGAAGACGUUAAAUUCAGGGCACACCGCUGCGUCUUGGCUGCCUGCAGCAAUUACUUUAAGAAGCUGUUUAAGAAGCACGAGGUGGACAACUCCUCUGUGAUUGAGAUUGACUUUAUUCGCUCAGAUAUCUUUGAGGAGGUGCUAAACUACAUGUACACAGCUAAGAUUUCCGUGAAGAAAAAAGAUGUCAAUUUGAUGAUGUCCUCAGGGCAGAUUCUGGGGAUCAGGUUUUUGGACAAACUCUGCUCUCAGAAGCGUGACUUAUCUCCCCCUGAGGACAAGAGCGACCACCUGAAUGCCAAGUAUGCCUACGACAUUGUCAAAAUCACCAUCCCCACUGAAGAGUCACAAGAGAACCAGGACCAUGAGGUGCAGGUACUGGGAGACCAGGACGACACCCCAUCUGAUGAUAUGGUGGAGGAGUCUCACGUGAACCAGGAUCUGGACAAAUCUCCCAGCAGCACCCUCAGGGUGCAGGAAGCCAUCCUCAAGGAGCUGGCCACUGAGGAAGUCCACAAAGUCAGCUGCUAUGACCAGGAUGUGGAGGCAAUGGAGUCGGUGCAGAAGGACCUCAGUGGCCACGCCCCCCAGGGUCUCACGUUCGCCGACAGCAUCGGGGAGGUGAAGGACGAGCAACCGCCCGGGUGGACCACAGCCGCCAGCGACAUGAAGUUUGAGUACCUGUUGUAUGGGCACCGGGAGCAGCUGGCCUGCCAGGUCUGCGGCAAGACCUUCAUGGACGAAAACCGCCUGCGGAAGCACGAGAAGCUGCACUCGGCCGAGCGGCCGUUCAUCUGCGAGAUCUGCACCAAGGCCUUCACCACCCAGGCCCACCUGAAGGAGCACCUGAAAAUCCACACGGGCUUCAAGCCCUACCGCUGCGACGUGUGCGGGAAGUCCUUCAUCCGAGCGCCCGACCUGAAGAAGCACGAGCGCGUCCACAGCAACGAGCGGCCCUUCGGCUGCCAGAUGUGCGACAAGGCCUUCAAGCACAAGUCUCACCUGAAGGACCACGAGCGGCGGCACAGGGGGGAGAAGCCCUUCGUCUGUGGCUCGUGCACGAAGGCCUUCGCCAAGGCCUCGGACCUGAAGAGACACGAGAACAACAUGCACAGCGAGCGCAAGCAGUUGCCUGCUAGCGCCCUCCAGAGCGAGACCGAGCAACUGCAGGCCGCAGCCAUGGCAGCAGAGGCGGAACACCACCUAGAAUCUAUCGCAUGUCAAUAACACCCCCUGCAGGGAGCACUGCAGCAUCACUCUUAUUUCUUAUUUCUCACAGAAAGCCCUCUGUUCCACAAAUUAGUUUUUUUAAAUGUUUGAUUUGUACUCCUAAAAAUAUAGUGGGGAGACUGGGUGUUUAAUUCUAAUUAUAAUUCUAAUGAUCAAAAUGUAUAUUAUUUGUAUUUUGGACUUAUUUCAUAUCGGUUUCUUUGGGUUUAGUUCCAGUGUUUAGUGAUAUGGAAUUCUUUAUUGACAGUGUAACUAGUUAAAAUACGGGGCAGAAUAUCCUUGAAGUACAAUAGAUCAUACCAAAGCUGUGUGGUAUAUUUCUAACAGCCUCUCUGGUUGGGCUGUUUUGCCUUAAAUUGGUUUACAAAAUGCGUGCUGUUAUACAGUGCCAUUUUCUAUCAUCUUGGAAUCUGUAAAUAAUUUGUAGCAUUAAUUAAAUCAAAUUUGCUUAAUGUAUAGAUUGAUAACAACUGCAUCUUCAGUGUUUUCUGUGAUCCCAAAAUGUAUUUUAUGUGCUAGCUGAGGUGAGCAAUGGGAAUGAACAGUCAGUAAUGUGAAACAAUAUUACUAUAAAUUUGUUUGCUGUUAAUAAACACAUUAACUGCGGUCAA